AUGCCGGCCCGGAUGUCAAGACAACCGUUGCAGUGGAAUCCAGAAGUCGACGACCCGGACUUGUUGGAGUGUAUGUUCGACUCGUCUCCGGAGCUGGCUAUCACGGUCCACCCCGAGACCGUCGACCCACAGACCAAGAGGGUCUACACCACCGGCAUGAUCAAGAAAGGACUCGACGUCCUCUCGAAACAGGGUGGCGUCAAGAAGGGCGAUGCCGCACCAAAGGGAUCUAGCGAGACGAGUGGGCAAGCCACGCCAAUGACCGACAACGACAACGAGUCUGCGUCUGGAAGCAACUCUAAGAGGAAGAGAAGUGGUGCCGACGUGGACUCGGGGUGUGAUUAA